AUGAAAGCGUCAUUGUCAUUCCCUCGGGGUUGCUCCGCUCCUCGCGUAUCCCAGUUCCGUCCUCGGGUUUCGCUACCUCGCAGUCUUUUUGGUAGCAGGUCUAUUCGCGCCAAUACGACAAGUAGUGUGGGCAGCAAUCCAGGCCAAAGCAGUGGCUCAAGCUCAAGUUCAGGCUCGGCAAACAAUGCACCCCCCAGGUUUCUUGGCCAAACAUUUCUCAUCUCCGCUUUUGCGGCGGGAUUGGGCUACGCCUAUGCGAAUUACAGCCAGCCGGCACCAGGAAAGGCUCAAAAGCCGCAGUAUGGCUCGGCAAGGGACUUCGAAAAGGCCAUCGCGGAGCUGAGAGCGACUUUGGGUGGUGAUACCAUUAGCACAGACGAGGGGGAUCUUCAGCAACAUGGAUACUCGGAAUGGUCAAGUCUGAAUGCCGAUCGACUACCUGUUGCGAUUGCCUAUCCAACGACCACAGAAGAUGUAGUCAAAAUCGCCAAGAUCUGCCACAAAUACCGAAUGCCCAUGAUCCCCUACUCCGGAGGCUCUAGUUUAGAGGCCAAUUUCUCGGCACCACAUGGCGGAAUGACGAUUGACUUUGCGAUGAUGAACAAAAUUCUCGAUAUUCAUCAGGAGGACAUGGAUAUAGUGGUCCAACCCUCCAUCCAGUGGAUGGACCUGAACGAGCAAAUCAAGGACACAGGUCUGUUUUUCCCAGUCGACCCUGGCCCAUCCGCAAUGAUCGGUGGUAUGGUUGGCACCAAUUGUAGUGGAACCAAUGCAGUCCGAUAUGGAACAAUGAAGGACUGGGUCAUCAACUUGACAGUUGUCCUGGCAGACGGCCAGGUCAUCAAGACACGCAGACGGCCGCGUAAAACAUCGGCUGGAUAUAAUCUCACAGGGAUGUUCGUGGGAUCGGAGGGGACACUGGGCAUUGUCACUGAAGCUACAUUGAAGCUGGCGCCGAUCCCUGAGUUGACCCGAGUGGGGGUAGCCGCGUUCCCUACUGUCCGUGACUGCGCCUCUACUGCCAUGCAGCUCAUCCGAAAAGGUAUCCAGGUACAAUGCAUGGAAAUUUUAGAUGAUGUACAAAUGGAUGUGAUCAAUCGGGCAGGUGGAACCAGUCGUUCAUGGAGUGUCGCUCCCACUCUCUUCUUCAAAUUCUCUGGCACCACAGCAGGCGUUUUGGAUAGCAUCAAUUUGACGAAGCAGCUUGCCAAAACCAAUAAUGCUGUAACAUUCACAUUCGCCAAGGACGAAAAGGAAGCCCAUGAUCUUUGGUCAGCACGAAAGCAGUCUCUGUGGAGCAUGAUGGCAUUGCGCAAGGAGGGAUCGGAGGUCUGGUCAACCGACGUCGCUGUGCCGCUUUCCAGGCUGCCCGAUAUUAUCGAUAUCUCUAAAAAGGAACUUAACGAUCUAGGAAUUUUCGCUAGCAUCCUUGGACACAUAGGCGACGGAAACUUUCAUGCGAGCAUCAUGUACGAUCGUCAGGAUCCUGCCGAGCGAGCGCGCGUUGAGAAGGUGGUUUAUGAUAUGGUCGACCGAGCUCUUGAAAUGGAGGGCUCUUGCACGGGUGAACAUGGAAUUGGUCUGGGUAAGAAGGAGUCUCUGAAGAAAGAACUUGGACCGGAUACCAUUGAUGUGAUGCGUCGUGUCAAACGCUCUCUGGACCCCCACUGGCUGCUAAAUCCGGGCAAGAUCUUCGACGCAGAUGAGAAUUCUUAA